AUGGCGAAUGCACCAAACUUCCAGCUGCCUGUCCCUCCCCCGCCGCUCCAUACUCGCUCCAGCGACAUGGACCGUCCCGGAACGCCCUCGCAGGAGGCCUUCAUCAGCCCGCAGCAGACGCCACAGGGCAGCCCGAGCAAGCAUCAGCACCCGCCCGGCGCUUUCGACCUCCCCCACGUCUUUGAGAAUGCCAUGCGACUGCUUCCGACGCUGGGCUCGCCCAAGUCCAAACCAGGCACACCCACAUCGCCCAAUAAGGCGAAUGUGCAAGCAGGCGACGAUGUCGACUUCUCGGCAAGUGACCUCACCACGCUGGGCCCAGGAAGCCCCACACGCAAAGCGAACAAGGAGAACACACCACCGAGCACUCGUCCGGGCCUGCAGAAGGAGUCCAGUUACAUUACGCACGCAGCACAAUCGCGCCAGGAACCGUACCGCCCGCGUGAGGCGGAGCAGUCAGGGCGCUACUACCAGACCCAGCGCCUGUCGGCAGAAGAUUUGGAGAAAGCAAGGAAACCAUCGGUCAAGCGUCUGGCAAAUGUCACACAACUGUACUUUCUGGACCACUACUACGAUCUCCUCUCAUACGUUCAUACUCGCCAGAACCGGCUCGCGCAGUUCAAAGCCCAGAACCCGCCACCUCCUGCAACUCCCGAAGCGGAAUACAAUGAGGCUCUCACACAAUACCUUGGACGCGAACGGGCCAAUUUGAGGAAGCGACGCACACGGUUGAGGCAGGGCGACUUCCAGAUCCUAACGCAGGUUGGACAGGGUGGCUAUGGACAAGUAUAUCUGGCCCAGAAGAAGGAUACACGCGAGGUGUGCGCACUGAAGGUCAUGAGCAAGAAGCUUCUCUUCAAGCUUGAUGAGGUUCGCCAUGUGUUGACAGAACGCGAUAUCUUGACCUCAGCCAAGAGCGAGUGGCUGGUACGGCUGCUCUAUGCUUUCCAGGAUGACAAGAGCAUCUACUUAGCUAUGGAAUACGUGCCUGGCGGCGACUUCCGCACGCUGCUCAACAAUACCGGCGUCUUACACAAUCGUCAUGCUCGCUUCUACAUUGCUGAGAUGUUCUCAUGUGUAGACUCUCUUCACCAACUCGGCUACAUUCACCGAGACCUGAAACCGGAAAAUUUCCUCAUCGACAGCACUGGACACGUGAAGUUGACUGACUUUGGACUGGCCGCAGGUAUGCUUGCACCGGCAAAAAUCGAGUCGAUGAGAAUCAAGCUUGAGUCUGUUGGGAAUGUAGUGUCUCCCUUCGGGCGACCCAUGGAAGACCGGACGGCUGCAGAGCGCCGCGACAAUUAUCGGUCGCUUCGAGAACGAGAUGUCAACUAUGCCAAGAGUAUCGUCGGCAGUCCUGAUUACAUGGCUCCUGAGGUGUUGAAGGGUGAAGAAUAUGAUUUCACGGUCGACUACUGGAGCUUAGGUUGCAUGCUUUUCGAGGCCCUCGCAGGAUAUCCACCAUUCGCCGGAGCAACCGUGGAUGAGACGUGGCAAAAUCUAAAGCAGUGGAAGAAGGUGCUCCGUAAGCCCGUAUACGAAGACCCGUCCUACUUCCUUUCGAAGCGUACUUGGGAUCUAAUCACCCGGCUUGUGGCGUCCAAAACAUCUCGCUUCCGCGGUAUCUCUGAGAUCCAUGCCCAUCAAUAUUUCGCUGAGGUGGAUUGGACGUGUUUGAGAGACCAAAAGGCCCCCUUCGUCCCGGAACUAGACAGCGAAACAGAUGCUGGUUACUUUGAUGAUUUCGGUAGCGAAGCGGACAUGGCCAAAUACAAGGAGGUUCACGAGAAGCAGAUGGCGCUAGAGGCCAUGGCCGAUCGCGAUGAGAAGAUGAACAAAGGCCUCUUCGUUGGAUUUACCUUCCGGCACAAGAAGACCGGCGACGAGAACGGCAAGCCUGCAAGUCCGCGAAAGCCGCUACCUUCUGUGGACGAGAACUUUGGCACUAUCUUCUAA